CAACACACACACGGUAGUCAAAGGAAGAAAGAAGGCAACAUGGCUGAUUCAGAGGGAGGCGAAGUAACUUAUGCAGGAAUUUUUCAGGAAAUUUUUACGUCCCCACUGAACCUAACCCUACUCAGCCUCUGUUUGUUCCUGCUGUACAAAAUCUUCCGCGGGGACAAGCAGCCGGAGCUCGGCGAGGUGGAGAAGCCUCUGCCUAAACUGAAAAAGAGGGAUUUCACCCUGGCAGAAAUGAAGCCCUACGACGGACUGCAGGACCCACGGAUUCUAAUGGCCGUUAACGGGAAAGUUUUCGAUGUGACCAGAGGCAAGAAGUUUUACGGUCCAGAGGGACCAUAUGGGGUGUUUGCAGGCAGAGAUGCAUCUCGGGGUCUGGCGACUUUUUGCCUGGACAAGCAGGCCUUGAAAGACGAAUAUGAUGACCUUUCAGACCUGGACUCCAUGCAGCUGGAGAGCCUGAUUGAGUGGGAGUCUCAGUUCACAAUGAAAUACGACUAUGUUGGCAAGCUUCUGAAGCCCGGAGAGGAGCCGACAGAAUACACCGACGACGAAGAGGGAAAAGACAAGAAGGCCGACUAGGAUGUGACCAAAAGGAAUCGAUGAGAGACGCCUUAAUGUUUGUAAUUUGACAUUUAUGGUCUUCUUUUACUGUCAUUCACACAAAACAUUCCCAUAUUCUUUACACAUUCGUGUAAAUCUGGACCAAUCCUGGAUUUUACAUGUCAACGUGAUAUAUUUUUCCCAAGGGCAUUACCAGUUCGAUAUGCUGUAUUCUAAUGUAGACACGAGUAGUUUAGAGAUGUGAAUUGUCCAUUUAAAUAUUGAUUCUACAGAAAAAUCAUGUGCUUUAUGAAGCAGCUGAUCUACUAAAGUUUUUGACAUUUCUGCUCAUCACAUCCUCCAAGUUUCAUUGUCUUAUUGAGUAAUAAUAUUUUGCAAUGUGGAAUUUUUGUUGAUUGUCACAGUUAAAUGAAAGGUUUUAGAUGGGCUGUCAGUAAGAGGACUAUGUGAAAGAAUCUUGUUUUGAUUUUUAUAAACAAAAGGAGAAAGAUGACCUGACAUUGUUGCACAGUCACAUUUAACCUGUCUGCUUUCUCUAAUGAUCAGAGACAAUCAUGUUUUUCUGCAGCCUAUCGGAUAGUGUUAUAAACCUUUAUUUAAUUUUAGCCUCCUAAAAUUUCAGAAUUUGCUGCUUUUUACAAAACAAUUGAAAUGUGAUAUAGACUAAAAUACAAGCAAGCGUUUAAUCAUAAUUUUUAGCUUUAGACAUGAUGUCUCUUAAGUCUCAAUGCUAAGAAGUUGUUUUAUUUCAACACCCAUGAUGACUUAAGGGCUGCCAUCAGUUUGUGGUUUUAAACCAGCUGAAUAAAGACUUUACAUUAAUCUUUUAUUCAUUUUGUUGCUGUUUUCUACCACUCUGUUAAACACUAAACGUGUGCUGGUGCAGUUCAAACCCCCUCCCAGCUAGUUAACCCAUUUUAUCUGCUCAGUAACCAUCAUAAAUCAGGCUAGACUGUCUGAGAACAUAUGUCACAAACCAGCAUUUUAAGCUCAAAAGACUUAAAAAAAAUAGGUAUAACUGAUUAAUGAAAUCCAACAGAAUGUCUGAGGACUUCUGAUGGAGAAUUGUAUAUUUUUCUGACUUUGUGCUGAUAUUUUACCAUCAUCUGUAAUUUGUCAUUAAAUGAAGGAAGGUGUUUUUAGUAUUUCUGUACAAACUACUUAGUCAUGCUGUCAUAAUGCUCAAAUGAUAUUUUGAUUUAAUAAAGAAAGCUACAAAACAAACA